UCAAUGGGAUUGUCACAUCGAGAGACCCUUGAAUAAAAGGCCAGUAGAAAGAAAAACGAAUUCGAGUUAUUGUGGCAAAAUUUCCAGUAACUAAGUAGCAAAAUGGACUUGGAUGACAGCUUGACAAGCAGCCAAAUUAGCAAGCUUGAAGAUUCUCAGUCGGCAGCAGGGGCUAAAAGAAAAAUAUCACAUAGUCCACCUGAAUCUUUCCUCCGGGAUUUUAAGAAGUGGCAAGGAAUGAGCUCUGUAGACCUGGAGACUGAGAAGAAACUUAAGAGGAAGGCCACCAAGGCGUGGCACCAACUGGCUCCGAAACUGAAAGUCAAGUACCUAAUAAAAAUAAGAGUUCAGACAUCGCAGGAGCGGAAAAUCAGGGAUCUGAAACUGAAGAAACUUUCUAAGGAAAAACCACUGCAAAAUGGGGUUAUGCGCAGCAGCAAACUAAAGCUAAAGCGCAAAGUCAUCCUGGUGGAACCCUCAUUAAAGAUUCUGCGUCCCAAGAUGAUAGCCCGAAGACCAACUCCGUUGCCCAGUCCUCGGAAAAGAAAGGAAAAUCGUUCAAAGACUUUGCCUAAAUAUGUUCCCUAUCGUCAAAAGUCUUCAAAACUAUAAUAUAAUACAAAUUUUGUAGUAAUAUAACCGU